UUCAUUAGACACGCGCCGCACAGCUAUAAAUGAAAUGGUUGCAUUGAGAUCGUGUGAUAAACUCACCUGGAGGAAAGAUGGAGUCCAGUCAGCUCUCAGGUGAGCUGCCAGAAGGGGGCGUGGUUGUGUCUCAGCUGGUUCCAGUUCCAGGUGUAAAGGAUGACCCAUGGUCACAUGACAGCUCUGCGUCUUCAUCUGACAGUGAGGAUGAUGAUAGAGACAAGAAGAAGAAGAAAAAGAAGUUAAAAAAGAAAAAAAGCAAGAAAUCCAGCUCAUCUUCUUCAUCAUCAUCUUCCUCAUCCUCAGAUACCGACAGCAGUGAGGAUGAACAGAAGAAAAAGAAAAAGAAGAAGAAAGCUGAGAACGUCACGAAAGAGUGUGUGAAUCUCGUAGAGACAGGUUUAGAGGGAGAUGCUGAUUUAACUCCUGCAGGAGAACCCAAAGAGGAGAAGAAGAAGAAAUUAAAGACAGAUAAAGAUUCAGGAGCGUCUCUAUCAGACAAUGAAGAUGACCAGAAGAUGAAAGAAAAGAAAAAGAAAAAAGAUAAGAAAAAGAAAGAUAAAAAGAAAAAGAAGAAGAAAGAAAAGAAGAAGAAAAAGAAGAAGGAGUCCAGCUCAUCUUCCUCUUCUGAUAGCUCAUCUUCAUCCUCUGACAGUGAUGAUGAUGAUAAAAAGAAGAAGAAGAAGAAGAAAAAGAAGAAGACCAAGAAGAAGAAGAAGAAGGAUUCCAGCAGCAGUUCAUCUGACAGCUCCAGUGAAGAUGAGAAAAAGAAGAAGAAGAAAAAGAAGAAAGACAAGAAGAAGAAAAAGAAGAAGGACAAGAAGAAGAAAAAGGACAAAAAGGACUCGGAGGGCAGUGAUGGAGAUAAAGAUGAAAAGAAACAUGAAGAAACUGGGAAACUAUCAGGGGACGGUUUGGAAACUUUUUCAUCCUCAUCUGCACUUCCUGUUGAGUCUGCGAGUGGUCACGUGUUUGAUGAGAAUACAGAGGAUGUCAAAGACAAACAGAAAGACAAAAAGAAGAAACUGAAGGAAAAGAAGAAAGAUAAGGAUUCAUCAUCAGACAGCUCCUCUUCUGACAGCGAGGAUGACAAGAAAAAGAAGAAGAAAAAGAAAAAGAAGAAAGUGAAGGAUUCAUCUUCAUCAUCAGACAGCUCAUCUUCCUCUUCUGAUAGCGAAGACGACAAGAAGAAGAAGAAGAAAAAGAAGAAGAAAAAGAAAACAAAGAAGAAGAAACAUUCAUCGUCAUCAUCAGACACAUCCUCUUCAUCCUCUGACAGUGAGGAGGACAAGAAGAAGAAAAAGAAGAAGAAAAAGAAAAAGAAAGUAAAGGAUUCAUCUUCAUCAUCAGACAGCGACUCUUCGUCUUCUGACAGCGAGAAGGACAAGAAGAAGAAGAAGAAAAAGAAGAAGAAAAAGAAGAAGAAGGCAGCAAAAGAUUCUAGCUCAUCUUCAUCAUCCGACAGCAGCUCAUCCUCAGACAGUGAUAAAGAGAAGAAGAAGAAGAAGAAAAAGAAGGACUCCAGCUCAUCUGACAAUGACAAAGACAAGAAGAAAAAGGAUAAAAAGAAAGACAAGAAGAAGAAGAAGAAGAAGGACUCUAAACCAUCAGCUUCAGAUAAUGAUGAUGUCAAACAGAAGAAACCAAAUGAAGAAGAGAAAUCUGCAUUGGGGACUGAUGGAGGUCAGUCGCUCUCAGUGGAUGGAGGAAGAUUUGGUGGUGGCUCUCUCAGUACAACAGAUAACAGUCAAGGAUCUCAGGUUGUGUCCUCUGAAGUUCAACGGGAGAACAGCAGCGCCUCCUCCAGGCAUCUUACACCCAUUGAAAGCCUGAUGGGUCAUCCACAGAGAAUCACACUGGAGACGGAGCGAGUGCCUGUUGUUGUCACCUCCAGAUAUACUUCACACAGAUCUAAUGACAUACUCAGAGGUCCUAAACCUUACAGAUCUUAGAGAUACAUACCAAAAUAACAUAGUAUUGCACCAGAGGUCAAAGGUUUGGACACACCUGUUCAUUCCUUAAGAAAGAUCAUAUUAACAUAACAAAUUAUGUUUUGUGAGCUUGCAAAAAGUGCCAUUUAAAC